UUCUCCUCAAAUAAGCCCACUCACCUCACGCCAAACAGAAAAGCCCAACUCAACGGCACACCCUGCUGCUUUCCAGAAACUGCUCGUGCGAUCUCAAGAGCGCCGCCUCCCCCGCCGCCGCGCCGGCUGCGCCCCCAUCGUCCGUCGGCGGCUCCUGCUCGAGGUGAAGCAGCAUAAUGGGUCGGAAGGCCGGUGCUCUGUACAUAAACCCAAAGAAGUUUGGUGCUGUUGCGAAGCCUUGCAUGGUAGAGAUGGUGGCCUUCCUCAACUGCCUGGCCUUAAACAAACAGGAAGAUGACAAGUGCGUGAGGCAGAAGGAUCUCUUGGUUAUGUGCACCCAGACUCAGAAAGGGAAGCCAAAGAACGCAGCGAAGACCAUCAAUUACCAUCUCCAGCGACUUGGGCGAGACAAAUUCCUCUAGGUUCAAUGGUUUUGGGAUCAUUUCCUCAUCAAGCUUGCUGCCUUGAAUUGAGGGUCCGAAAACAAAUUUUCUCUUCAAAGUAGCUUUACUGAAAUGGGGCAGUAAUGUGCCAAUAAUUCUAUGUCAAACAGUAACGUAUCAGCAGUAUAUUGAUAUGGUUUUGUUCUCUUGCUAUUAAGGCACUUUGUUGCUAUGUGUCCACGGUAUACUGCCAAUUGGAAGUGUUCUGUGUAAGUGGCACUGUUGCUUCCCAGCUUGUGAAUUGUGGUUUGACCGUUUUGAGUCCAGUUCUAGGUCUGGUUGCUUGA